GAAAGAGAAAGCAACAUCCUGUUCUCAUCUUCUCUUCAAAUAAUGGAGGUGGAGAUGAAGGAGAAGGCGUACCGACAACCACACAGCGGGCGGGAGGAAGAUGGCGGACUGGGGGCCGGUGGCGGUGGCGGUGCUGCUGUUCGUGCUGCUGACGCCGGGGGUGCUGUUUCAGCUGCCGGGCAACGAACGGGCGGUGGAGUUCGGCAGCUUCAAGACCAACGGCGUCGCCAUCAUCGUCCAUGCCGUCCUCUACUUCGCUCUCAUCACCAUCUUCGUCGUCGCCGUCGGCGUCCACAUCCACAUCCGCUAAGUAGUCCUACGUCUACUCGAUCGCGUAGCAGAGGAGGAGACGAAGUGAUUCCCGAUGACUCUGCACUGUAGAAAUCUCUAUAUGUGAUUUGAACUCGACUCUCUUGUUUGCUGUCU